AUGUCACAACACAAGCCGCCAAUGUCUGACAUAAACGAAGAAGAAGUAUCUGCAUUUGACACAUAUUGCAACCACCCUUCCACCACGCUAUCACCGUUAACCACGGAUUCCACAACUGGCGCAGAAGAAUCACUGCGAUAUUCGCUACAUCCAAAGUCACUAGUCACCAACUUUAUCAACUCAUUCAAACCCUUUGAUUAUUCAACAUUACCACCAGUGUACCUUGAGCAUUUUCGUAAACUAGACCAACGACAGGAGAACCAAGGAGAUGUUGAAUAUGUGCUGAGCUUACAGGACAACGAUGCUAACUCACAGCACCAGCAAAAGGAGGACUCAGUCCACCUACACCCAGCCCAUCCCAAUUACGACUAUUCCACAUUCAGCCAGUUGGAAAAAGAUGCUAUAAUNAGUGUGGAUGUUUAUAGGCAGCUUUACGUUCACCACUAUGGCAAGUUUGUCCGAAUUGGCAACCGCCUUUCCUUGACAAUGCCGUUGCAGCUUGUGGCAGCAGCCCUCAGCAUCCAGUAUUGGAACCACCAUCUCCACCCAGCCAUAUUUGUCACCAUUUUCUACAUUGUCAUUGUGUUCAUCAACUUGUUUGGAGUCAAAGGGUAUGGGGAGAUUGAGAGUUUCUUGAGUUUGCUCAAGGUUAUUGCUGUUGUUGGGUUCAAUAUAUGCGGGAUCAUUAUUGUAGCAGGUGGUGUACCGGGACAGCCCUACAUUGGCGGUGCCAAUUGGCGCAAACCACAGGGUGGCCUAUUCAAUGAGCAUUCGCCUUUUAAGAAUAUGUGUUUUAUUAUCUCAAAUGCGUCGUUUGCAUUUGCAGGGAUAGAGUUGUUUGCAUUGGCGGCCGUUGAAUCGGCAACGCCGAAAACGUCGAUUAACAAAUCAAGAAAACAGAUCUUCUACAGGAUCAUUGUUUUCUACUUGUUGUCGAUCAUAAUGAUUGGCUUUCUAGUCCCUUACAAGAACUCCGAGUUGAAAGGUUCGACCAAUGGGCUCAUCGAUACAAACACAUCGCCUUUUGUAAUUGCAAUCAAGUUGGCAAAUAUCAAAGCCUUGCCGUCGAUAAUGAAUGCGGUAGUGAUAAUAACGGUGAUUUCUGUCGGUAAUGCGUCGGUUUUUGCAUCCACCAGGGUGCUCAAUGCUAUUGGUGCUUUGGAGCAGGGACCGAAAUUUCUCAACUUUAUCGACCGCAAGGGCCGGCCCAUGGGAUGUCUUUUGAUACAGUUUGCAUGUGGGUUGCUUGCGUAUCUCGUAUGCAUUCCUGGCAACAGUACUACAUUGACAAUAUUCCAGUGGUUGUUGAGUUUGAGUGGAUUGAGUGCGUUAUUCACCUACUUGGUGAUUAACAUAUCCCAGCUCCGGUUCCACGCUGCGUUGAGUCAUCGCGCCAGGGUUGCUCGAGACGAACUACUCUACGUGUCAUCCAACUGGAGCUCUUGGUAUGGCAUAGUCACCAUUGCUGUCACACUAGUGCUUCAAUUUUGGGCGGCAUUGUGGCCUCCCGGCGGAGGCGUUGAUGUGGUGUCGUUUUUCCAAAUCUACUUGGGCGGGAUUGUAUUGGUUGCGAGCUACUUGGUCCAUAAGGUUUAUGAUUACUGGUAUAAUGAUGUCCCGUUGACCAAGUUGUGGUUGAGCGUUGAUGAAAUUAAUGUCGACUGUGGGCGUCGACAAGUUGACUUGGAAGCCGUGAAGCAGGAGAUUGCUGAGCAGCGUACCCUUUUGGAGAGUAAACCCUGGUGGUUCAAAGUGUAUAACUUCUUUUGCUGA